AAAUUUGUUAGACAAGGCUAUUUAUCCGGUGGUGCUGGUUAUGUUGUAUCUCGUGCAGCGCUCAAGAUGAUCGCUGAGGGUAUGGAAAAGGAGGUUUCCAGCUGUCGUAAACGAGGUGGUGCUGAGGAUGUAAAUCUUGGUGCUUGCGCAGAGGAGGUCGGGGUGAAGAUGGUCGAUAGUUUGGAUGAACACGGUGAAGAAGCCUUCCACCCGUUCAAUCCCGGCUAUAUGCUCGAUAAGAAUGCAAUGGAACGUACCGGAUGGGUUCAAUCAUACAAUUAUUAUCCUAUCAGAACCGGUUUAAAUUGCUGCAGUGAUCACUCGGUGUCUUUCCACUACAUCAGUCCCCAAGAUAUGUACACAUUGGAUUAUCUCAUCUACCAUGCUUAUCCUUAUGGUAUUGCACGCGAUCUGGAGCAGUACAAGGAGUUGGCGCGUUUGAAGCAAGGCAAACCACUCUUCCAAAAACCACCUAUUUCUGCCGCCAAACCACUUGUAUUUGGAUUAUUUAUCUUAAUAAUGAUCAGCACUUCUAUGGUAUUGAAUUUUACAGAUAACCGGACUUUAGCCGAUGAACUGGCAAAGAAGGUUCGAGUUUUUGGAAUGAUUGUUACAAUGCCUCAAGCCAAACUAACCAAGGCAAUUCAUGUAAAAGAAACUUGGGCGCGGAGACUCAAUGGAUUUACUUUCAUUAGCUCUGAGGAUGAUAAAAACCUCCCAUCAAUUCGUACGUCUUUACUACAUUAA